GGGGGGAGGGGUUGUUUGACAGGAGUGCGCAGGCACGCCCAGCUCCACUCAGACAGAGUUGGGAGUUUGGAAGGAGCGUCUCGAGCGGCGGCGUCGUCGCGUGCCACACGCCCCCUUUCCCUGAGAGGAAGAAGGUAUCAUGGCGUCUCCUUCGAUGGAAGUUCCCUCAGAGCCCGGCGUCCCGUCGGAGCAGGAGCGGCUCCUUCGACGAGGAGAGCGCCUGGCGCUAGGCCACCACCUGAAAGAAGCGCUGGAGGCCUACUCGGCGGCGCUGCGCCUGGGCCCGCCGCCUAUGCCGAGUUGCCGCCGCCGCCUCAGCACUUUGGUGGACUGUUUGGUGCUCCAUUACCGUCUCCGGCAGAAGGAGGAGGAGGAGGAGGGAGAGGAGCAGGCCGCGGAAGCAAAAGGAACAGCCUCGCCGCCUGAAGAGAAGCGGAAAGAGGAGGAGGAAGAAGAAGAAGAAGGGCUUUUCCGCUGCUCAGGCUGCCGCGGCUUCUUAAGCGAGCCCGUGACGGCUCCCUGCGGGCACAGCUCCUGCCGCCGCUGCCUGAGCGAGGAGCUCCGCGCCCGGUGCCGCCGCUGCGGGGAGCCCCUGGGGUUGCUUCCCGCCUCCGUCACCGUGGCCCUCCGCCACCUGGGCGAGAAGUGGUUCCCGGCCGAGUGCGAGAGGGCGCGGGCCUGGCGGCGCCUCGGGCAGCUCCUGGCACAAGGGCGGCCCCGGGAAGCCCUGCACGCCGCCAGCCGCGGCCUCGCCGAAGAUCCUAGUGAUUUGAUGUUACAAGUUUAUAGAGCUGAAUCCUAUGUGGGUCUCCAAGAUAAUAAAUCUGCCCUAGAUGACCUGAAUGCUGUUACUGCUAAAAUGCCAAAAUGGCCAGAGGCCUGUUACAGAAGAGCGAAAGUACUCCAUAAUGCUGGCUCAAUAGAUGAUGCCUUACAGAUGUUUCUUCACUGCUUAGCACUUGAUGAAGGAUUUCUUCCAGCAAAGCUAGAAGUGGAGAAGAUGCUGUAUGACUUACUAUCACCAGAAAAUGUGCAAAAGAGUCUGAAGGAAUCUACUUUGAAUUCCUCACACGUUCGAGGUAAACAAUUCAUACGUGAUUCUGAAUCUGAAACUGAAGAGUCUUAUGAUAAUUUACAGCACACUUCAAUGACAGAUUUAGAAGUUACACCAGAAUCUGUUGGAGGAAGUUUGCAUCGUACACAAUCUGCCCAUUCCCUUAACUCAGCUGAAAAAAUGGCCAAAGAUGAUGGAUUAAAAAGGGUUUCUUCAGAGCCUCUGCUUUCUUGCCAAGAGAAAGGUGUUUUAUUAAAAAGGAAGUUGUCUCUCUCAGAGCAAGACUUCACUGUUUGUGAAGAUGGCAGGAAUAAACAUAAAAAACAAGGAGAAAAUACGAAAAGGGAUGCUGCCUUUUCAUUCAUCUAUGAAGCAAUCCCAGAGGAAUUGAUUGAUGUGUCAGACUUUGAGUGUUCACUGUGUAUGAGACUCUUCCUUCAUCCUGUGACAACACCAUGUGGCCAUACUUUCUGUAGGAAUUGUUUAGAACGUUGCUUAGACUAUGCUCCUCAGUGCCCUCUUUGUAAAGAAAGCUUAAAAGAGUAUCUGGCAAGUAGAAUAUAUAGCACCACACAGUUGUUGGAAGAACUAAUAAUGAAGUAUAUGCCUGCUGAACUAGCAGAUAGAAAAAGAAUUCAUGAUGAAGAAAUAUCUGAACAUGCAAGUUUAACCAAGAAUGUUCCAAUAUUUGUUUGUACUAUGGCCUACCCUACUGUGCCUUGCCCCCUCCAUGUGUUUGAACCAAGAUACCGUCUGAUGAUUCGAAGAAGUAUAGAAACAGAGACAAAACAAUUUGGGAUGUGUAUCAGCGACCCUCAAAAUGGCUUUGCAGGUUAUGGCUGCAUGCUGUACAUUAGAAAUCUUGAUUAUUUGCCAGAUGGGCGAUCUGUUGUAGAUACAGUUGGAUUAAAGAGAUUUAGAGUACUUCGAAGAGGGAUGAAGGAUGGCUACCAUACUGCAGACAUUGAGUAUUUGGAAGAUAUAAAGGUUGAAAAUGACCGUGAGAUGAAGAAACUUGGAGAGCUUCAUGAUUUUGUAUAUAGUCAAGCUUGCAACUGGUUCCAAAGUUUAAGAAACAAAUUUCGUAGUCAAAUACUUCAGCACUUUGGUCCAAUGCCUGAGAGAGAAGAAAACAUACAGGAGACGGCUAAUGGACCUGCUUGGUGUUGGUGGCUUCUGGCUGUCCUUCCUGUAGACCCUAGAUACCAGCUGACAGUUCUCUCUAUGAAAUCUUUGAAAGAACGUCUGUUAAAAAUUCAAGACAUACUGACAUACUUUUCUAGAGAUCAGUCCAAAUGACUAAUAGCCUGGAUAUUACUAAAACUUUGCCCUUUUCUAUCUGUAACUGCAGUUGGGGGUUUUGCAGCAUUUGCACUUUUAGCGCUGGUUUGAGAACUUAUCAGAACUGCUUUUCCUGUUUUCCUGAAUCAGUAGUUCAUCACAUGGAUACCUUCAGUGUGAAGGAUACCACUAAAUUUGCACACAGAAAAACAAUCCAGCAACAAAAUUUGUGGAAAUUUCUACCUUAUUUGCACUAUGUACAAGUGAGAAUGUAUAAUCCUAAGAGCUCAGUAUUUCCACAUUACAACUUCAAAAUGGUGGAAAAUAUAGGAUCUAAACUAUCAGUCCGGGUUUACAAUUUUAAAGAUACACAUUCUAAAUCUUGCAAAUCAGAACUUGCCUCAGAUACAACCCUGUUGCUAUUUGCACAAUUGUUCUAAAAUGUAGUAUUGGAUGUUGCUCUAGCAACCUUCUGUUUUGUGGGUGUCUUAUCUUAAAUAAUGGCACAAGAUAUUUUCUUGCAUACGUCAUAAUAAAAACGAUUGUAUGAAUUUAGAGCCAUGUUAAAGAACAACAAAGAAGAGUGUUCAAAAGCUGUUAAAACUGUGAACAUGUUGCCUAUAGCUGUGCAUUGAGAGACUGGUUUUGGAUCCAUGACAGCAGAGUACAGAAAGUAGUCUCUCCAGUACACAAUAAGAUAACCAAAAGAAAAAUAAAGCUGAAUGUACUAAAAGUUGAACACACCAGUGAUUGCUAAGCAUUUGUGUAUAUGCCUAGACACAAACUUGUGAAUUUGAAAAUGCAGCUGUGUACUAUUUCUUACAGCUCUAUAAAUCAGCUGUGGCUCACUCACCAUACCCUUCCAAAACACAGGUGUGAGAGUUUGAGAACUACUGAACAUUAGUACAAAAGUCCUACUAGUCAUUGAAGAGUCUGAAAGUGUUUGGUGCAUAUAGGACUUCCAUGCCUUAUUCAUAUCAAUAUUACACUGCAAUGCAAAGGUUAGCACUCUGCUUGCCAAUAGUUACUUUUCUGGUUUUCCAUUUGUGAAUGUCUAUCUUGUAUGUGAAUCUUUUUGUAACAUAUUUCUUUACAAAUCUUGCUUUUGCUAAUAUUUAAUUUUCAAUAAACCUAAAGCUUAUAUAUUUUUAAA